GGGCGGUCGUCCGGGGUUAGAUUGGGGGGGUGUAGGUUCGUUCAGGACGGGGGAAUGACUCACGGCCCAUCCCAUCUCCCCGACGCCGCCCGCCCGCGCAGAGCUCGCUCCAGGGUUUAGCGGAGGAGGAGGCGGUGGCGAGCUUGAGUGGGGGGGAGAGAAAGAGAGCGAGCGAGCGAGAGAGAGCGAAGGGGGACUCUUAUUUUGUUAGGGGGACCGGGCCGAGGCCCGACCGGCCUGGCAGGGCGAGCCCGGGGCCGGGCGUCAUGUCUCAUGCAGCUGAGCCAGCUCGGGACGGCGUAGAGUCCGGCGCGGAGGGCCCUCGAGCCGUGUUCGUGCUGCUGGAGGAGCGCAGUCCAGCCGACCCGGCCCAGCUGCUCAGCCUGAACUCUUUACUUCCUGAAUCCGGCAUUGUUGCUGACAUCGAAUUAGAAAACAUCCUCGAUCCUGAGAGCUUCUACGAGCUCAAAAGCCAACCGUUGCCCCUCCGCUCCAGCCUCCCAAUCUCACUCCAGGCCACACCAGCCACCCCAGCUACACUCUCUGCAUCAUCUUCUGCAGGGGGCUCCAGGACCCCUGCCAUGUCGAGCUCUUCUUCAUCACGGGUCUUGCUGCGGCAGCAGCUCAUGCGGGCCCAGGCGCAGGAGCAGGAGAGGCGUGAGCGCCGGGAACAGGCCGCAGCCUCUUCCUUCCCCAGCCCUGCACCUGCAUCUCCUGCCAUCUCUGUGGUUGGCGUCUCUGCUGGGGGCCAUACUUUGGGCCGUCCUCCUCCUGCUCAGGUGCCGAGGGAGGUGCUCAAGGUACAAACUCAUCUGGAAAAUCCAACACGCUACCAUCUACAGCAGGCGCGCCGGCAGCAGGUGAAACAGUACCUGUCCACCACCUUGGGACCCAAGCUGGCUUCCCAGGCCCUUACCCCACCACCAGGGGCUGCGAAUGCCCCACCCCUUCCAGCUCCCGAGGCUGCCCACACAACUGGCCCUACCGGCAGUGCUCCCAACAGUCCGAUGGCCCUGCUCACCAUUGGGUCCAGCUCAGAGAAGGAAAUUGAUGAUGUCAUUGACGAGAUCAUCAGCCUGGAGUCCAGUUACAAUGAUGAGAUGCUCAGCUAUCUGCCAGGGGGUACCCCAGGACUUCAGCUGCCCAGCACACUGCCUGUGUCCGGAAGUCUGCUCGAUGUCUAUAGUGGUCAGGGCGUGAGCACGCCGGCCAUUACCGUAAGCAACUCCUGUCCAGCCGAGCUGCCGAACAUCAAGCGGGAGAUCUCGGGGAACACUCCUGGCGGGGCUCAUGGGACCAUAUGUGGUGCCAAGGAUCGAACCCGGGUCCGCCGCAUGCAAGAGACCGAGGCGAAGGCGCUUUUGAAAGAACGUCAAAAGAAAGACAAUCACAACCUGAUUGAGCGUCGCCGGCGAUUCAACAUUAACGACCGGAUCAAGGAGCUGGGCACCCUCAUCCCCAAGUCCAGUGAUCCGGAGAUGCGCUGGAAUAAGGGCACGAUCCUGAAGGCCUCAGUGGAUUACAUCCGCAAACUGCAGAAGGAGCAACAGCGCUCCAAAGACUUGGAGAGCCGGCAGAGAUCCCUGGAGCAAGCCAACCGCAGCCUGCAGCUCCGAAUUCAGGAGCUCGAGCUGCAGGCUCAGAUCCAUGGUCUGCCAGUACCACCCAACCCGGGGAUGCUCUCCCUGGCCACCACUUCAGCAACGGAGAGCCUGAAGCCAGAACUGGACGUUGAGGAGGAGAGUCGAUCCGGCCUUGGAACCUUCCAUGCAGCUGGUGGGCUGGCCUCGAGCACGGCUCAUCAGCAACCCCCAGCACCUCCCUCGGAUGCCCUUCUGGACCUGCACUUUCCCAGUGACCAUCUGGGAGAUCUGGGGGACCCCUUUCAUCUGGGGCUGGAGGACAUUCUGAUGGAGGAGGAGGAGGGGGUGGUGGGGGGACUCUCAGCUGACGCGCUGUCCCCACUCCGGGCUGCCUCUGAUCCUCUGCUCUCCUCUGUCUCCCCCGCGGUCUCCAAGGCCAGCAGCCGCCGCAGCAGCUUUAGCAUGGAGGAGGAAUCCUGAUCAGCCUCACCCCUCCCCUGGGACUCCCCCACCCAGGAAAGGAGGCCCCUGAGAAUGAGGCCCUGCCUUUCCCCCUCCCCCACCCUUUUGCGGAGCCCUGCAGUUCCCGGUGGCAGGAGAUGAGACAAGAUGAGAUGAGGCUAUGCCCCCUUCACCAGACAAAAAGGAGGAGCCUGGUGAGGCCCCCACCUUUUCUCCCAGAAAGCACCUUGUAGGCAUUGCUGAGCUCUGGGUACCCAGCCCUAGAGAUCACAGCUGUGUCCCAUGCUGCCUCAUGGGACCCACCCUUGCCCAAGUGAGGGAAGGAGAUAGGCUGAGGUCUGCUGCUGUCCCUUUCCCUUAGGGACUGUCCUCACUAAGUGUCCUGGGAUAGAGAUGUGUUAGAAUGUGGCCCCCAGUCCCGCUUGGACCCUCUGGUUGCAUCCAUCCUGGCAAGAAAGAGGAGUUCCCUUGGGGGUUUAAGUCCUGCCUCUUCCCCCAUGAAACCUGACCUGCCCAGGCAAGGCCAGGAAGUGAGGGGGAGAGCUGACCCCAUCACCUAGGAAUUCAGUCUGGGCCUCCUCCUAGCAAAGGAGGAGCCCCGCCCCACCUUUCCUAUAGGAUCAACUCAGCGCAGGUAUUUCGACUCGGACGAGUCAGUCAGAAAUGGCCACCAAGUAGAGAUCACAGCCCUUGUCCCGUAGCCACAUCCCAUCCAAGCAUUCCACACUGCAUGGAGGAGUAGACUUAAGCUCCCCCGCCUUAACCUGGGACCAACUUGACUUAACCUAGGAGGGCUCUGAGCCUAUUGCCCUUGGAGAAGGGGGAUAGUCCUGAUGUUUGGUGGGUUCACAUUCCAGACCUAGAUCAGGAGGGGGAGUCAGGCCCUGCCCCCACACUUGAGCAGAGUCCCGCCUCCUUCCUUGAAGGGCACUUUGGGGGAGAUGGGGAUUACAGGGUACUCGGUCUAGACUCCAAGAACCAGUCUUGUUCAGUGUGUAAAAGUGUCUGUUGAGGGCCUUUUGGGGGCCAGAGUUUUCUGGACCAGAGAAAAGUGAAGGCAGAGGCAUGGAGGGAGGGUUGCAAAGAAUAUGUCCCCCACUUUUGUCUAUCUGAUUUUUAAUGACACCCCCAUUCAGAAGCUAGGUCAUAUCCCACCUUUGGUCUUCACCCAAUUCUCCAUGUGGAGAAAUCCUCUCCAUUUCAGAGUAAUUGAGGGUUAUCCUUGCCUGUCCCCAGCCCUCCAACCGCAAACACCCAAAGUUGUCAUCUUUGGAUGUUGGGCACAAGCCCCAAGGAGGGUAUGCUGAGGAGUCUGUAGGUUUGUGAUUAAAUAAUAAAUGCUAGGCGUGUUUGAUGCGCUUUUAACUUUGGCAA